UUAUGCUUAGCAAAUGUUCACUCAAGUGUAGGAAUUUGGCAUAUUGAAAAGGCAAAAAAAUCACAGCCAGAGUGCCACCAUUGUCAAAAAGAAACUAUCACAAGCAAUAGUAAACAUAUUCUUCGGCUUUUUAUCAUUAAACAUUAACUCUGUCACUUAAUUUUCUUAGAUCUGUUGUUUCAUUUCACACAAGCUUUAAGUGUUUGGGUUAGAACGGUGGGUGGUGGUGAUUCAUCAUCGUCAUCAUUAGCACAAACACCCAUAUGGAUGGAGGACAAAGAAGAAGAGGUGGUGGUGGUGGAAGUCAUCAGUUAGAGGUGGAAGACAAGCAAACAUGGAGAAGGAUCCUAUCUCUGCUUGGGAAUGAGCCAGGGAGUGGGAUUAGGGGUGAGAUUGCUAGUCAAGGAAGCAACAGUGCAAGGCCUUCACCUCCACCAGCUUUCAUCAUUCGUCCUGAUAACAGGUGGUACGCAGUGUGGACUCAUUUCAUACUACUAUGGGCAAUAUACUCAUCAUUCUUCACUCCGUUAGAGUUUGGAUUCUUCAGAGGAUUACCAGAGAAUCUCUUCCUUCUCGACAUUGCUGGUCAGAUCGCUUUUCUUAUAGACAUCGUUGUGCGUUUCUUCGUCGCCUAUCGGGACCUCCACUCUUAUCGCUUGGUGUUCAAUCACUAUCUCAUUGCCCUUAGGUACUUAAGAUCUCGGUUUUUGGUUGAUUUGUUGGGUUGCCUCCCCUGGGAUGCUAUCUACAAGGCUUGUGGGAGAAAAGAGGCAGCAAGGUACAUGUUAUGGAUUAGGCUAAGUCGGGUCUGCAGAGUGACUGAGUUUUUUGAGACGUUGGAGAAGGAUAUUAGGAUCAAUUACCUUUUUACAAGAAUUGUAAAACUUCUUGUUGUUGAACUCUAUUGCACACAUACAGCUGCCUGCAUAUUUUACUAUCUUGCUACUACUUUGCCUCCAUCCGAGGAAGGUUACACAUGGAUAGGAAGUUUGCAGAUGGGUGACUAUCACUAUUCACAUUUUAGAGAAAUUGAUCUUUGGAAGCGGUACAUAACAUCACUUUACUUUGCCAUUGUUACCAUGGCAACUGUUGGUUAUGGAGAAAUACAUGCAGUCAAUGUUAGGGAAAUGAUAUUCGUCAUGAUUUAUGUAUCUUUUGACAUGAUUCUUGGUGCUUAUCUGCUUGGUAACAUGACUGCAUUAAUUGUGAAAGGAUCAAAAACAGAAAAGUUCAGGGACAAAAUGACUGAGCUCAUCAAGUACAUGAACAGAAACAACCUUGAGAAGGGCAUAAGUAAUGACAUCAAAGGUCAUCUGAGAUUACAAUAUAAUCGAAGCUACACUGAAGCCGCUGUUCUUCAGGAUAUACCCAUUUCUAUUCGUGCGAAGAUUUCGCAGAAGUUAUAUGAACCAUUUAUUAAAGAAGUUCCUCUUUUUAGGGGAUGCUCUUUGGAAUUCAUUAAGCAGAUUGCAAUUAAGGUCCAUGAGGAAUUCUUUCUCCCUGGCGAAGUGAUUAUUGAGCAGGGUCAUGUAGUGGAUCAACUCUAUGUUGUCUGUCAUGGUGAAUUGGUCAUGGAGGAAGGGAGAGGACGAGAUAAUGAUGAAACUGAAGAAUCUCCUAUGUGUCUCCAAACCUUUAGCUCAUUUGGUGAGGUCUCUUUUUUUUGUAACACUCCUCAGCCGUACACAGUUCGAGUUAGGGAACUCUGCAGGGUCUUGCGACUUGAUAAGCAAUCCUUUACAGAGAUGCUUGAGAUUUAUUUCUCUGAUGGAAGAAUUAUCUUGAACAACCUUGUCGAGGGAAAGGACUCCAAUCUACGGAAUGAAUUAUUGCAGUCAGAUGUCACCCUUUACAUUGAAAAGUCUGAAUUAGUUCUAGCUACCAGGCUGAAUUGUGCUACAUAUGAUGGAGAUAUUUAUCGGCUAAAACGUUUUAUUGGAGCAGGAGCAGAUCCUAAUAGGACAGAUUAUGAUGGAAGAUCACCUCUGCAUAUUGCUGCUUCUAAAGGAUUUGAAGAUAUAACACUUCUCCUUAUAGACCAUGGAGUGAAUGUCAACAUUUCAGAUAAAUUUGGAAACACUCCUUUGCUUGAAGCUGUCAAGAAUGGGCAUGAUGAAGUAGCUUCUUUACUUGUUAGAGCGGGUGCAACCAUGGCAAUUGAUGAUUCUGGUGGUUUUCUCUGUAUGGCAGUUGCAAGGAGGGAUAUGGGUCUCUUAAAGAGGGCUUUGGCCAAUGGAAUUAACCCGAGUGCCAAAAACUUUGAUUGCCGAACACCACUUCAUAUAGCUGCCUCAGAGGGGUCGUACCCUAUUGCAUGUUUGCUUUUAGAAGCAGGAGCAAGUGUGUUUUCAAAGGACAGAUGGGGAAAUACCCCACUUGAUGACGCUCGUGUAGGUGGAAAUAAGAAUUUAAUCAAGUUGCUUGAGGUUGCAAGAACAACUCAGAUGUCCGAGUUCUCUGAAUCUCCUCAGCGAGUAGAAGCAGCAUCUGAAAUGCGACGAAGGAAAUGCACAGUAUUUCCAUUCCACCCAUGGGAUCCAAUAGAGAAGAGAAAUGGUGUGGUUUUGUGGGUUCCUCAAACGAUGGAAGAGCUUGUCAAGGUGGCAAUGGAGCAAUUGAAAAGCUCAAGUAAUUGUAUAUUAUCUGAAGAUGGGGGAAAAAUUGUUGAUGCCAGCAUGAUUAAUGAUGGCCAGAAGCUAUUUUUAGUCAGUGAAUCAUAGCGCAACUCCCCACAAAUUCUCCAGUAAUUAAGAGGUCAGCAAACUAUUUCAACCCUUUAUAUUAUUACUGCACAUAUGAUCAUAGUUUGGAGAAACAGUCAUGAAUAUAUAUGGCAUGUUGCUAGUGUGGAAAUAGAAUUUUGCAGUUGGUUCUGCAGAUUUCCACAUUAGAACUAUGCAGGGUAUUGUUGCAGUUUGCAGAACAAGAAGCAAUUGGCAAGAAAUUAGUAUACUAUCAACUCCACAUUUAUUGUAGGGGUGGAGCUAUUUACAGAGCAUUAUUUGAUAGCUCUAGAACAAUGUAUUGAAAAUCUUAAUUAUUUAUUUGAAAACAUAAUCUUAAUUUAUUUGAGUUAAAA